GGUUGUACUUAUACAUGAAGAACUUUGGACGAAGGUUCGUUGAAUUCUUGUGAUCAUACCAAGUUUGUGAUGUUGUUAGUUUGUCUAACUCUUGAAGCAUGUUCUGCGGUUCCAGUUCUUUAAAGUCAGCUGAAACUAUGAGGCUUAUCUUCUCCGUAGCUUGUGGAGUAAUGUUUGGUGUAUUCCUUGGAAUUUCAUUUUCUACUAGCUCAUUAACAAAGCUAAAUAUAACAGCUAGUAUUGUAAGCAACUUCCCAAUUGCUAGAGACAGAAAUAAUAUUGUUUCAUCUCAAAAUCAUAUGGAUUCUUCGAUCAAAAUUCAGAAUGCUACAGAGCAAUUGAAGAUUUGGGUCCCUUCAAACCCAAAAGGAGCAGAAAGAUUACCUCCAGGGCUCGUUGCUUCUGAGUCCGACUACUAUCUUCGAAGAUUGUGGGGAAACCCCAGUGAGGAUCUACCUAGUAAGCCAAAAUGUCUGGUAACAUUUACUGUUGGUGUUAAGCAGAAGCAUAACAUUGAUGCUGCUGUAAAGAAGUUCUCAGAUGACUUCACGAUUCUUCUUUUUCACUAUGAUGGCAAGACAACUGAAUGGGAUGAAUUUGAGUGGUCAAAACGAGCCAUCCACGUGAGUGCUCUUAAACAAACAAAAUGGUGGUACGCGAAAAGGUUUCUGCAUCCAGACAUAGUUGCCCCAUAUGAUUAUAUUUUUAUCUGGGAUGAAGACCUAGGAGUUGAGCAUUUUGAUGCCAACGAGUACAUUAAACUUGUCAAGAAGCAUGGUUUGGAAAUUUCACAGCCAGGUUUGGAUCCCAGAAAAGGAACAACAUGGCCAAUGACAAUUAGAAGAGGCAAUGGUGAAGUUCAUACGUUAACAGAAGAGAAACCAGGCAAAUGCUCAGACCCUCAUUUGCCUCCGUGUGCAGCAUUUGUAGAGAUCAUGGCUCCUGUCUUUUCUCGAGAUGCAUGGCGUUGUGUGUGGCAUAUGAUUCAGAAUGACUUGAUCCAUGGUUGGGGACUUGACUUUGCCCUUCAUAAAUGUGUUGAACCUGCUCAUGAGAAAAUUGGAGUUGUUGAUGCUCAAUGGAUUCUUCAUCAAAGUGUCCCUUCCCUUGGAAAUGAGGGGCAAGCAAAAGACGGGAAGGCUGCAUGGCGAGGGGUUAGAGAGAGAUGUGAAAAGGAAUGGUCAAUGUUUCAAUCUAGGGCGGAAAAUGCAGAGAAAGACUAUUACAUAUCAAAGGGAAUUGAUACUUCAAAUUUCACUUUCAAGUCAAAUGGAAUUGAUCCUUCUAAUUUCAUAUCUCAUUAAGUCUUUGGCAAUUUUCCCU